AUGUCGCGGUGCCACCAGCGCGCGGCCGAGCGGCUGCUGCGGGGGGCGCUGCGCAACGGGGGGCUGUACAUCAAGCUGGGGCAGGGCUCUGCUCCUUCAACCACCCUCCUGCCCCCCGAGUACAUCGCCACCCUGCGCGUGCUGGAGGACCGCGCCCUGCAGCGAGGCCACCGGGAGGUGGACGAGCUCUUCCUGGAGGACUUCCAGACGACGGCGGCCGGCCUCUUCCAGGAGUUCGACUACGAGCCGGUGGCGGCCGCCAGCCUGGCGCAGGUUCACCGCGCCACCCUGCAGGACGGCACGCCGGUGGCCUCCCCCCCGCCCCACCCCCCCCUCCCCCAGGUGCAGUACAUCGACCUCCGCGACCGCUUCGACGGCGACAUGCGGACGCUGCAGCUGCUGCUGCGCAUCGUGGAGUUCAUGCACCCCAGCUUCGGCUUCAGCUGGGUGCUGGAGGACCUGAAGGGGACGCUGGCGCAGGAGCUGGACUUCGAGAACGAGGGGCGGAACGCCGAGCGCUGCGCCCGCGACCUGCGCGACUUCAGCUACGUGGUGGUGCCGCGCGUGCACUGGGACAAGUGCAGCAAGCGGGUGCUGACGGCCGAUUACUGCGAGGGCUGCAAGAUCACCAACGUGGAGGGCAUCCGGCGGCAGGGCCUGGGGCUGCAGGACGCCGCCGACAAACUGAUCCGCGUGUUCGCCGAGCAGAUCUUCUACACCGGCUUCAUCCACGCCGACCCGCACCCGGGGAACGUGCUGGUGCGGCGCGGCCCCGACGGCAAGGCGCAGCUCGUGCUGCUGGACCACGGCCUCUACGAGUUCCUCAGCGAGAGGGACCGCAGCGCGCUGUGCCAGCUGUGGCGAGCCAUCGUGCUGCGCGAUGACGCCGCCAUGAGGAGCCGCUCGGCCGAGCUGGGCGUCAAGGAUUACUUCCUCUUCUGCGAGAUCCUGAUGCAGCGCCCGCUGCACGCGGGGCAGCUGGCCCUGGCCAACGUGUUGACGCGGGAGGAGGCCGCCUACAUGCAGGAGAUGGCCGCCCACCACUUCCAGCGCAUCAUGGGCGUGCUGCGCGCCCUGCCCCGGCCCAUGCUCCUCGUCUUCCGCAACAUCAACACCGUCCGCAGCAUCAACGUGGCGCUGGGGGCCCCGGUCGACCGCUACUUCCUCAUGGCCAAGAGCGCCGUGCGGAGCUGGGGCCGGCUCAGCGGGGAGCGCGCCCCCGGCCUCCGCGGCCUCCGCGCCGUCCGCGGCCUCCGUGUGGCCUGGGAGAGCCUCAAGUUCGAGGUGGCGCUCAGGCUGGAGACCCUCACCAUGAAGCUGACGGCCUCCGUCCUCCGCCUGCUGGCCUCCUGGGGGCUGCUGCCCCACAGCGAGCAGAUCUACGAGUACCUGCGGGCGUAG